AUGCGUAAGUUAAUUUUUAAAACAAUUCAAAAGAUUAUGUUGUUUGAACAGUUCAAAUAACUUCUGAGGCUUUCAUUUACAGCCGGCUUGCAAGCUUCGGCCUGCUUCUUCCGCAUUUUUGACGCUCGGGCUGCUUAGUGGGAACUCCUUUCAGGUCUACAUCAGAACAAAAUCGUAUGCAUAACCCUGUCUAAGCUACUGAUACUAAAACUACCUAUCGUCAAACUAAAUUACACGACGACAUGAUUUAAUAAUUGUGUAAUUUGUAUAACUAUUUGUUAUUGUUUAACAUUAUUAUGAAAAUUGAAGAGUCUUACUUGAUUAUACUGCUUUUUACUGCUUAAUUUACAAACUAAAAAUUACAGGGAUCAAAUUUUUUACAUCGAGUAUGACUUUUACGGUUCCGCUUCAACUUAUUUCAAUUUCUUUUACGACUACGGUAAGUUUUUUUUUCUUUUUGAGCUAGAGACGUUUCAAAACUUUGUGUACGUUUGGCUCUUUCAGGGUUACACACUAUUGAAAACAACACUAGCCGUUAGCUAUCAACAAGUCAGAUUUGCUUCGCUAUCAAAGCAGUUUGAGGUAUGAUUUAUCAUAUUUGUAUCUCAUACGAUAUUGUUAUACAGAGGCAGCAGCAUUGAAAGGUUAAAGAAGGGUAUUGUAAGGUGGGAUAGAAUAGGGUAUGGUAGUGAAAGGUUUAGUAGGGUAGAAUGGAGCAAAAGAGCAUAUGGUAUGGUAGUCUAGAGUUUUUAUCACCUUUUUUUUUUUAGCUCUCCCAACACAUCAAGCUAAUACAAGACUUCUCCACCUGCUUUAAAACAACUUUAUGUAUCUUUCUACUAGCCGUAGUAUUACUAACCUCAACUCAACUAAUAAUCGAGUUUGGAACUUUCGCAUAUCAAUUUGUAUUUCAACUAUACCUCUUUGUGGUAUCACUAAUUUACUUGGUCAAUACUUCUUCAGUAAUUCUCUUUCACAAGCAUCUGAAUCCAUUUAAAGCUAAGCAAAAGAAAGGUGUGAAAGUUAUGUUCAACAACAAGAUCAUGGUUGAAAAUACAGUCGAAAAUAAUUUCAAUGUUCUCGAACAAAUGUGGUCUGGUCAAACGGUGCAAUUCACAAACGAUGAGGUGGAAAGGCAAUCUGUGUUUGCCUGGGUAGCUCAUUGGUUGCGAUUUGGAAAGACAUAG